CAGCUGCACAAAAGCAACAGCGUGCACUGACGGGGACAUCUGAUCCAGUCACACUGGAAUAUGCCAGAAAGUCACAAUGAACUUGAACUACAACAGCACAGCACCAAGCUUUGUUUUAACAGUCAGCUCCUCUGGGAUCAGAGACUACCAGGACACAAAGCUUCUCAAAGGAACCAGAUGGCAGGACCACUUUGAUCUGCUAGAUAAUGACUCAGACCUUCCACCCUCAUAUAAUGUCACCCAGCCACACGCACCAGCCUAUGACCCCCUUGGAGGUCAUGCGGUUUGGCAAGUUAUCCUGAUUGUGUUGUUUACUGGCAGCUUAUCCCUGGUCACCAUCAUCGGUAACAUCCUGGUCCUGGUGUCGUUCAAGGUGAACAAGCAAUUGAAGACGGUCAAUAAUUAUUUUCUGCUUAGUCUUGCUUGUGCAGAUGUAAUCAUUGGAGUUAUUUCAAUGAACCUUUAUACUACCUACAUAAUUAUGGAUCAGUGGGCCUUGGGGAACUUAGCAUGUGACCUGUGGCUUGCCAUUGACUAUGUAGCUAGCAAUGCCUCAGUCAUGAACUUGUUAGUCAUAAGUUUUGAUAGAUACUUUUCUGUUACCAGACCACUCACUUAUCGAGCCAAGAGGACAACCAAAAGAGCCGGAAUAAUGAUUGGCCUGGCCUGGUCCAUCUCUUUUGUUCUGUGGGCACCAGCCAUCUUGUUUUGGCAAUAUUUUGUUGGAAAGCGCACCGUGCCUCGUAAUGAAUGCUUCAUCCAGUUCCUCUCAGAGCCUAUCAUCACUUUUUGUACAGCCAUAGCUGCAUUUUACCUGCCUGUUACCAUCAUGACCAUUUUGUACUGGAGAAUCUACAAGGAAACGGAGAAGCGCACCAAAGAACUGGCCGGGCUGCAGGCUUCUGGCCGGGAUUCAGAGACAAAACAAUUUGUCCUCCAGACUGGCAGCUCACGGAGCUGCAGCAGCUACGAGUUAACACAACCGGCUGUGAAUAAGCCAGCUGGACGGAAGCGAGGUCGCUGCUACUUCUUGCCUAUGAUGAAGUCAUGGAAACCCAGCACUGAAGGAGACCAGGAUCACAGCAGUAGUGACAGUUGGAACAACAACGAUGCUGCUGCCUCCCUGGAUCAAUCUGGUUCCUCAGAUGAAGAAGAAAUACCUGCAACCCGAGCCAUUUACUCCAUCGUGUUAAAUCUACCUGGCCUCAAGACCGCAGUAAACUCCCAACUGGCCGAAGCUGACCACUUGGAUAUAUCUAAAGAUGAUCACCAUAAAGUAAACGUGAACAGUAAGGACAGGAUACCCAAGAAAGAGAAGAAUGAUAAGGAGGACAACAGCUACCACCAGUGCUUCUCCAAGACAUCAGUUCAGUCAAUGCCAACAAUAGAAACACCCAAAACCUCAGAUGCAGUUUCCCCAGCGACUAAGUCUGCAUCUAUGCCUUUAACCUUCAAGGACUCAGCUUUGGCAAAAAGUUUCGCUUCAAAAACCAGAACGCAGAUCACAAAACGAAAACGAAUGUCACUUGUGAAAGAGAAAAAGGCUGCACAGACUCUUAGUGCAAUCCUUUUUGCCUUUAUCAUCACAUGGACACCAUACAACAUCAUGGUGUUAGUGAACACUUUUUGUGACGAAUGCAUCCCCAAAACCUUGUGGGACUUGGGCUACUGGUUAUGCUACGUGAACAGCACAGUGAACCCCAUGUGUUAUGCACUGUGCAAUAAAACUUUCCGAACCACUUUUAAAACAUUGCUGUUGUGCCAGUGGGAUAAAAGAAAACGUCGCAAGCAGCAAUACCAGCAAAGGCAAUCUGUUGUUUUCCGUAAAAUAAUUCCUCUGCAUUCCUCCUAAUGGUUCUGUAUAUAUUCCAGGUUGUGUUGUGUGUGAAUACCAGUUCCAUGAUGAUGUUUCUAAGUACAGUUCAGACUCUUUCUAACCCAGUGAAGCAGCUAUUAAGCAAAUUCUUCUUUUCAUCCAUAUUUUUAAGACCUAGCAGUGACUGUUUCUUCUGGGAUGAAACAAAAAGCAAAGGUAAUGGUGGACACAUAUCACUUAGGAACUAAAGUAAAAAGGGCUUUGGAUAUUUGAAAAUACAAACAUGCCAUUGUUUCUAAGUCCCAUUUUAUUACACAUGGAAAUGGAUUCCCCCAGUUUUGGAGUAAGACAUGGUAACAUCAGUGUAACCCUUAUCUAGUUGGCAAAUACAUCAUCAGCACUGGACUAGCAACUGUGGGUACUGUAUUUGUUCGUCACAGUUUCUGAAGAUUGUAUUGAUGUUCAUUAGCUUUUCUUCAGAGUCUUUUAUGAAAGUAAUGUUUUUACAUACCCAUAUGAACUUCCAUUGAUCAGAUAUUGAGCCAACUAUCCAAUGCAAAGACUUUUUAAAAAAUCAUCCUAUGUUCUAUCUAACUGUUUGCAAAUAUUAUAAUUCUGGUGAUCCCGAAACUGCUUUUGUAGGGGAUGUCCAGUUUAUCAGUGUUGUGAGCACAGAGCUGGUGUAAAAGCUGCUUUUGUAUUCAAUGUGGGAUGGUGUUUACAUGUUUUAGACCAAAAGUGCAAGUAUUUUAAAUGGUGUCUGUGUACCAGAAGUGUAUAUUUUUUAUGCCUUAUGUUUAUAUAAAAUAUUUAUACAUACUUUGCAUAAUGUUUAUUUGAAGCUUAUCGAUAUUACACUCCGUUUUUUCACAAUGUAACAUCCGUGGGCAUGCCUGAAAUAGAUUCAAAUCCUCAAAUGAAAGUUACUGCCUAGAAUUCUUAAACAGAUCACCUGAUAUUGCAAAUUAUAAAUCCGUUAUAAGAGAUCACCCAUUCACAGCUAUGGAUUUUCCAAAAUUCCAGGACUGUGUACAGAUGUCACCCAGUACAUAAAAUGUACAGCACAAUUCAAGAUUAAAAAAAUAAGUUAACACAUUGUGUACUGUAGAUGUUGUAUCUUUAUAUUGGAAAUGUAUUUUUUUUCACAGAUUAUGAUUCUCUUCCUCUAUCAGCUGCUUGAAGAUUGACCUUCCUUGAGUUUUUAAAUAUCCAUGCAUACAAAGUGCAAGGAUCCUAAAGGGUGCUUCUCACUAAAAAUUAAAACAAUAUUAUGUAUGCCCUAAAAAAAACAUAAUGUGUUUGAUUUAUUCCUGCAACCAAGAACUCCAAAGCCGAUUUUCCAUCUGCACCUUUAAAUUCAUAAUUCAGUAUUAAACCUGGUCAGUCACUGGUUCCAUCUACAUUCUACAGUCUAAUGUGGAUCUGCAACCCAGCUCCAUAUUACCAGAUGGUCAAAUUAACUGACAGCCCUCCAUCCUAAUAUACUUGUCCUAGGUCUAAUAUCUGUCUAUUACAUUAGCAGUUUAUUUGGUACUUUCCCUCCUUUAAAGCAAACUGAAGACCGGGCUAACCGAGUCCCAAAUAAAAGCAGUUUGAUUUUGGUUUGUUUGAGAUGGAAAUGCACAGGACUGUUUUCAGCUUGCUUUCAAAGUGGUUCAAGUGGCAGAUGGAAUCAAGGCAUUAGAGUAAAAUACAUGACAUACUUUUUAAUCUGAUACUUUUUUGUAUUUUCAGUAUUCAGUAAUUUGAUAACAAGAUGGUAAUUGUAUGCUAUUACUCCUUAAUAAACCCACUUGAUUGUAGGAGUGUCAUUUGAUCACAUGUUUAAUUGCACUAGUUUAUAAUGCUUGUACAGUUUUUUGUGUUUGUUUUUUAAGUACAUUUUAAAAAGUAUUAUUCAAUUAAAAAAUCACAAUAGUCUAUCCCAGGUAAACCUUUGGGUUACACUAGUCACAUGCAUUAACUGAUGUGUUAUUUUCCACAUGUCCCCCUUUAAAAAAUUGCCUUUUCAAUAAAGAAAAAAAAGUAGUUACAGUAGAAGGCAAACAUUGCAUUUAACACUUAUUUUUUCAUUACCAGUAAUGUGCUGGUGAUCUAGUGCAAUCAGUUUCCAGAUUAGAAUCAUCUUCCUCUGUAACA